AUACGCAGUAGACUCGAGCGAGAAGGUCAGAGUGUUCGCGCCUCAUAUUAUCAUAAUAUCGCGCAAAAUACAAUUAUUCUACAGUUAUUAUAAUUAACCAUGAUCAAUCCUCGCGCGUUUAAUUAUUUCGAACAACCGAUUCAACAUAAUUAAACAUCGUAUCUGCCGUAUAUUCCUCUCAUUAUUUUUCAAGUUUGAAAAUUCCUCAUUCCCAAUCUAUUCCGUCUCUCCCUAAAAAAAUCCCUAUGCAGAAAGAAUUCCAUUUCCAUAUUUCGAAGUUGGCGAUUCUGACGAAAAACGCAAGUUCGCGCUUCCACCGCGAGAGGUCUCCGGCAUGAAAAAAGGAAUUGGAAUGAGUAGUUUCGGAAAUCGCCGAGAGAUGGCGCUGCGCGUCCGUGAAUGAACUCGGCUCGAGUCCACCCUCCGAAGCAGAUAUGAGAUAUAUCCGGGCGUGUGACGGCGCCACGGGCGGACCGGAAUAAUCUCCGUCGCCGAUCGUCGUCCAUCCAUUCCCAGCCCCGCAGCCACGGCAAGUCGCGGUCAUCAUCGAUGAGAUAGUCGUCGUCUGCGAGCCGCGAGACGCGGUGGCGAAGCGUCGAGAGAGAGAGAGAGAGAGACAAGAGAAGACAAGUGUUGCGCGCGUGUCAUCCUGGGCCGCACGGGCCGAAAAUGGCGGAACGGACGAAGGUGACUGCUCCGGCUACCCGGCCCGUUCCCAUGAAGCUCUUCGCCACCUGGGAGGUGGAUCGCACUCCCCCGAAUUGCAUACCCAGGCUGUGUUCCUUGACGUUAACGCGUUUAGUUAUACUUCGGCCUCUCGGCUCGGAUCUGGCGUCUAUCAGUAUCGCAGUGAAGAUGCAAAGCUCCAAAAGGACCCUGCGAUCCAACGAGAUGGCUAUACCGACCGGCGGAAUGCUCGACACGGAAUUGGAAUUGCAAUUUGCCCUUCAAUAUCCGCACUUUCUCAAGAGGGACGGCAACAAGCUCCUGAUAUUGCUGCAGAGGCGAAAGCGAUAUAAGAAUCGCACGAUGCUCGGUUACAAGACUCUCGCGGAAGGGAUCAUUAACAUGGCACAAGUGCUGCAGAAGCAAAUGGAUCUCGAGCUAGAACUCGUGUCGGACAAGGCAGAAAAAUACGGCGGCCACUCGGUCGCCCUGGCACGCGUCAACGUUGUCGCUCUGAGCUCACAGCCGGUCGACCACGACAAAAGACUGAUGAACGAUCCCAACGAAAGACUUUGCCCGGAAUUCAGCGACGAAGAGGAGGAAUUUAGUUCGGAGGGCGAGGCGGAGGGCAGCGACAGCGAACCUACGUUGGAAGUGCACAGGCGGAAGAGUCGCGGAAAAAUCCCAACAAAUGCCAGGCAAAGAAAUUUAAAGCAAAAGUUUAUAGCUCUGCUGAAGCGGUUUAGAGUAUCCGAGGAGUUGGAGCACGAUCAAGAAGAAAUCGGGACAAAACUUUCAGGCGGUGAUAUGGAGAUAGAAGAAUUGUUCGACGAAUUAGAGGACUUAUCGGAUAGCGGACCGGAAUUAGAUACCAUGUCUGUUAGUAGCACACCAAAGCCAUCGUUAAGACCGUUUUUCAGCUCUAGUCGAUCCCUUCUCGCGCCGCCUCAUUCUGUAGUAACCAACGAGGACACUGGAACUAUCUCGACGAACGCCACGUGUCAGCAACCCGUGGGUCAGCCAACUAAAGAGAAACAUCGUAUCGGACACACAACUCCAGAGCGCGGAGUGGACAGACAGAGCGAUGAUAGUUCACGAAGAGCCGACAGCGAUUCCCACCCCGAGAACUGGACGGAUCACGAAGCAAACGAUCCGCCGAAUUACAUGGCGGGUUCGCCGCCAAAAUCCGAGCAGCCUAACAAGAGCGAGGGUUCCGAGAGGAGAAGCAGACUCUUCGCGCGCGACAGAGGGACACCGGGUAGCAAUAAAUCUAAGAAGCACAGUCUGAGCGUAGAUCUCAAACCCUCGGCCGAUUUAAAUAACACGGAGCCGAGAAAAGCUUUAGUCGAGCAACUAGGUCGUGUAUUACCGGACGAUAGUUUACCGGAGGCUGUGUCGCUCGUAUCGAUAGCAGAUCCUGGCGGUGCGGUUCUCGCCGCGAGAUUACAAGAGAGAAACCACAAAGUCCUGACGACCGCCUCCCCGGCUGACAUCCGUGCGACAUUUACAUGUCUGGUCGCGCGAAUACAAAAAUUCUGUAACAGUUCUGCGAAACCACCGGCGCCCAUAAAGGUAGUCAUCGCCGGGGGAGACAGUUUCAUAAACGCAGUUCUCCGUCACUACGUCGACCUGCUGAGCUUCAGACCGCCAGAUUGGCAGAACUAUAUGAAAUUUUUAGUGGUGCCGCUCGGCUCAAAUACUUUAACAAGAUAUCUCGGCUCUAUUGACUCCAAAUAUUCAAUGCUAUUCGGAGAUGAAUGGAAGGAGCUUUUGGAAAGGGAAGGUGGCGGCUCGAUUGAAGGCGCGGCACGAGUGUCGGAGUAUCUGGCCACAGCAAAUACAGUUUUAUUGUUACCUAUAGCAGAAGCUAUGGUUACAUACAGGGAAACGGACGACAGCAGUCAAAUCUUCAUUCCCUUUAUAAAUGACGUUCGAGUGGGAUGCCCGGACAGCAGUUCUUCCGCAUCAGUCGACCUGGAGGAGAGUAAUGUCAGCAUGUCCGGUUCUCCACCUUCCUUACCUCCCCCGACUUUGCCGGUUCCGUUACCUCCUGGAAAGUUAACGCCACCCAGCAGUCCUAAUGUAGGCCAACCGGCGAGAGAAGGAUGGGAACCGGUCGAGCUUCAGCUGGAUUAUUGGGGUAAACAAACUCAAGGCGAAAAGGGAAAGAACACGUUACGUCAAGCUUUUAGGGCCUUGCACGUGCAAAGACUUCCCUCGUUGGGCGAAGCUCCAGGACAUCACUUGUGUAUGAAUUAUACGACAAAAGAGAAGAAGCAGAAAAUAAUGAGAUUAGGCAAGAAGAAAGAAAAGGAGAAAGAAAACGAGCCAAAGAGUCAAACGGUGGAUGGCGUGACGCGUCUUAUAUGUUCUGCGAAAACACACAACAUUCCAUUAAGAGUGAGUAUCGAUGGUACCGAAUGGUGUGGUGUAAAAUUCUUCCAACUAUCAGCGCAAUGGCAAACACACAUCAAGACAUUUCCAAUAGCAUUAUUGGAAUAUAAUCCGCAACAACAGGCUUCGAAUGCUACGUAAAUUUAGAUUUCCAUCAUUAUAAUAUGAAGGCUUUUAACAACUUACUUACAUAUUCUAUAUUAUUAACGAUAACAUUAAUAUUUGACUCGUUUUAUACGCAGACCCGAUAACCAUCAACUUCUUAAGACUGCCUAGUAAGAAUUAGAUUUUAGCGGAUAUUGCAAAUUCCAAGCUAUUCGAAAUACAUAUUACAUUCAUUCCAUUAUUUGUGGUAAUAGCAAUAGAUGAUAUUUGAAUACCUGGAAUAUUCUUGUGUCAUACAAAAUGUAGAGUUAUUUGUGAUAAACGUAUAUUGUCGUUUUACAAGAAAUUCUUGUAAUGCAUGUACGUUUUGAAAUUACUUUAUAAAAUAUAUUUGUUUUAGAUAACUCGAUAAAUAUGUAAUUUAAUUGUAUCAGCAUAAAUUACAAAAAUUACGUAUUCGUUUGUCGACAUAUCAUGAGUAAUUAGAAUGAAUAUUUGUAUAGAGAUUUUGUUGGUUAUGGGAAUGCUAUAUAUUAUAUAUUGAAAUUUCUAUUCAUAAUAUGUUAUUUUUAUGACAAUACGCUAUUGAAUUUAAUACCGAGAUAUCUUUAAGUAGCGUAAGAUUGAGAGAGAUUGUAAAUUUGAGUUUUAUUUUACGAAAAUAUGACUCAAAGAUAAUCAAAUGAUCACAUCAUAAUGUUAUUUUCAUUUUUAUUUAAUAUUAAUGUUUAUUAAUCUCUGUCACUGC